CAAAAAAUAUAAAAAAAAAAGCGGAGAAAGAAGAAGACUUAUCCGUUGGAAGCAGAAACGUAAACAGAAAAAUUGAAAGGCAAAGCGCGGCGUUGGGUGGCGCUACGUUAUGGCAAUUUCCACUUCAUUGAACACUCUCAAUGCUAUCUCUGCUUCUUCUUCUUCUUCUUUGUUUCCUUUUAAAAUUCAGCAACGCCCUUUCAUAAGGACUCAUAACACCUCCAAUGGGCGGCUGAUGAUUCACUGCUGCUCUGACAUGACCCCAAUCUCAGAACCCAUGAGUGCCAGCAGGCAGGGCCAGAUGACAUCUGUUGCUACCCUCGGAAUGAAUCAAUCUGGCUUAUCUAGACCAUCUAUUAAAUGGCAAAGGGUAUUGCUUAAAGUUAGUGGAGAAGCACUUGCAGGAGAUCAUGCACAAAAUAUUGAUCCGAAGGUUACAAUGGAAAUUGCAAGGGAGGUUGCAUCUGUGGCCCGUCUAGGAGUUGAGGUGGCUAUUGUGGUUGGCGGGGGAAAUAUCUUCCGGGGAUCCUCUUGGGCAGGAAGUAGUGGCCUUGAUCGUUCAUCUGCUGACUACAUUGGGAUGCUGGCAACAGUUAUGAAUGCCAUAUUUCUUCAAGCAACGAUGGAGAGCAUUGGCAUCCCAACUAGGGUUCAGACUGCAUUUCGUAUGUCAGAGGUUGCAGAGCCGUAUAUACGCCGAAGGGCUGUAAGGCAUUUAGAGAAAGGAAGAGUUGUGAUUUUCGCAGCUGGAACUGGGAAUCCUUUCUUUACCACUGAUACUGCUGCAGCCCUACGUUGUGCAGAAAUUAAUGCAGAGGUUGUUUUGAAAGCUACAAAUGUCGAUGGGGUCUAUGAUGAUGAUCCUAGGCGUAACCCAAAUGCUCGUCUUCUUGAAACUCUAACUUACCAUGAAGUGACAUCAAAGGAUCUUUCAGUGAUGGACAUGACGGCCAUUACCUUGUGCCAAGAAAAUGAUAUCCCUGUUGUUGUCUUUAAUCUAUCAAAACCUGGUAAUAUCUCAAAAGCAAUUCUGGGAGAAAGAGUUGGCACAUUGAUUGGAGGGACAACCGUGGCAAGGACAUGAUGUUAAAUUACUGCGAUUUGCUUGGUGGCUUCUAUUCGUACCAGUAUAGCAGUCGACAGAUUCAAGGUUAUUCAAUUGCUUGAUAUCAACAGCGUCAUCACUAGAUGCAUCCUGGUGUCUGAAUUUGGAAUUUGGAGAUAUAAGAAUCUAGGUCGAUGCCCGCACGCCGCACUGACGAAAUUAAAUAUUUGUAAAAUUUGAGAAUUUUGAACUAUUUAAUAUUACCUUGAAAGUUUAGUUAAAUAUGAUAGUUUAAAAGCAAUUUAAAGUAGGUAAUUGAUAUAA